AAAAUCCUUGACAAACCUUAUCGAGGAUAAACAAAGGACUUUGAACGUUGAAAAACGCGAAUGCUUCCAGAAUCAUUCGAGAUAGACUUCGUGUCGGCUUUGAUAUCGCGGCUAUGCUCGCAAUUAGUCUUCCUGCGUAUUUCAAAGUUAGUAGCGAUCGAAUUUCAGUCGCCUAUGAAAAGCAAAAAAAAGAUAGUUAAUCUUAUAAAAUUCAAUUAAAGGAUAAGAAUAUUACAUCGAAGAUCUCUGGUAAUAGAAAAUACGAGAAGUUGCUUUUAGACAGCAAGUAAUAUGAAAAUUAGAAAAUUAACAAACACGAAAGUAAUACGUUUUCCUUUUGCAAUGUCCGAUUGUUACAAGACACCGUAAUAUUAUAUUAAGAUUCGAAGUUUAAAAAUCGAAAAAUUGACCGUUCCUAAUGACACAAAGUAUAGAAAUGUGUUUCUACAUCGUCGUUGUAAAAAGAUCGUCGAAACUUAAAUUAUCACGAUAAAUAGGCCGAGUCUGCAGCAGCUUGCCAUAAAUCUCUACGCACGCCCCCUUUCAACUCCGAUUAUUCGCUUCAGUUUCCGAUCGUUUAACUCGACGAUCGUUCGUCCCUAUUCGCCUAAACUCUAACCGAACCGUUUUAAUAAAAAUCGUUUCUCUCUCGACUCGCACGAAGCUUCAAAUAUUGAAAUUGAAAAGUAAAAUCUUCGAUUAAUUAAAAGAACUUUUAACGCUACUCGUGAUAAAUCAGUGUCGUUAAAGGAAUAACAAAUUUCAGAAAUCUAUAAGAUUUUAAUUUAUAGGAAACCGUUGCUCGAUAUCAUGAAAUGUGGAGUUUCUUACGAAGCUUGGACAUUUCUCCAAUCUUUGUUAAUUAUAAAAGUAGUUCUCGGUGUCGAGAAACAUUGGCUUCCAAAUUUAGAAUGGGAAACGGCUGAAAAUUGGAUUGGGAAACGGAUACCUGAAUUAGACAGUUACGUGACAUUUCCCUUGGAUAUGAGACACGCAGUGGGAAUUGGAAAAUCGAUCGAUUUAAGGCUGUCUGGAAUCGAUUUACCUAGAUCUGGAUCUUUGGUCUUGCCCAGAAAUGGAAAAUUACAGUUGAGUGAAGCAGGAAAAUCAGCAAAGAAAAUCAGCCAGUGGUCAAGGUCGGGUCACCUAUUCUGGGCCGACCCUCAAAAUUGGGGCGGAAGUUCAAUAGCAGCGCCGCAUCUCGAGCAAGUACCAUGUCGCCAAGAUAACAUCGUACUUCCCAGAAAGAAUCAAACCUUCAGCGUACUUUUGCCGAUGAAGAAUAUCGAAGUGAAAUCGGUGAGAAUGAUGGACGAAAAGCAACCCUAUAGAGCGUGGCAAUGGGCAGACAUGGUUCACAGUAGAGAGUUCGAGAAAGGAAUAUUCACAGUAAAAUACGUGGGCUAUAGUUGCAAGGAGUGUCCCUGCCAAGACGAUCCAAAUGGCUACUAUCUGGAAGAAAUUUGUGCUAUUGAAAGACCAAAGUGUGGAUUCACGCCUUGCGAAUAUCCCAUAUGGGUGGAAGGUCACUGCUGUCGAUACUGUGGCGGUCGACUGUCUUUAACAAACAAAGUACCUCUAUCAAUGGUUCAAGUAUUAACAGACGAGGCUUUAGAAAGAUACGCUGAAAAGCUCGCUUGGCACGUAAGACCUACCUGGAACGGAGCUAUCGAGGUUUUGAUAAAGAAGAAGCUCGACUAUUCGGAAAUCGAUAUCUUGGAAGCUACAGAAGACGCAAAGAGAGCGUUGCAAAGUAUGAAAAUCGAAGUUUUCUCUGCAGAAGUAACUGGCGCUGCCGUGCAAGAUAAUCGUAUGGCUAUUACGUUGGUUCCGUUUUUGGGAAUGCCAAUGAUCGUCCUUCUUCUUCUGUUCCUCUUCUUUUUAUACUUUGGCUACUCUUACAGACAUUUCCUGCUAGGCUUCUCGGAGAUCUUCUCUUCGAUAAGGGAUGGAAUUCGAGCGGACAAAACGCAGGGUAGCAAACCAUUCGGUUUUGCUCGAUUCGAAAAUAGUGCAGAGAGUAACGUUCAAAUUGCCAACGUCGCCAACGAACCAAAUCUCGAAGAUAACGAAGCGGAGGGAAACGAUCCGUCUUCCGGUGGAAGAUUCGAAAAUCCUCUGUACAGAUCGAGAAGAAAAGGGCGCAAGGAGGAUGAGGAGGUCUUAAAUAUGGAAGCUCCCCUCAGUUUAUCGACUCUUAAGCGUAAAGUGGAUGAUCAAAUUGAAGAAGCGGAUCUUGACACCGAUCAAUAAAACGAUAAAAAUUCUCUUGCUUUUCUCUUUUGGUAGAAAUUACAGAAUUUCACGGCGUAAGGUUAUGUUAUUUAAAUUUAAAUAUAAAGCAGCUUUUAUUACGUUGUAAUAUAAGAAACGAUUCGCUGUAUAAUCAUUCUUUUUCAAUAAAUGUUAUAACCGUUGUGAACGUACGUUAUUUCGUACAUUUAAUCAUUUACAUCGUUUAAUUUUUUUUCAGAAAUAAAAAAUUGAAAUAUUUUUUAACGAUAAAAA